AUGCACUUCGAUCCAGCGCGGAUCCCUGCCGUUUACCGCAAUGCCAUUGCUGUCGCACACGGCCCAGCGGCCGCUAUCGUCGACUUCGCCUUUGCAUCCGGCUUCCCUAGUGCUUGUCUGCCACUUCGCCUUCUAUCAACCCAGAACAGCUUUCUCUAUCGGUCCAGCCCCAACAAGAGGUUUCGCCUCUCCUCUGUACCAUACGGAUUCGAUGCCAUGUCCUCGCAUCACUUUGACGCCAACAUGAUCGCGAACCUGACGACCCCGAUGAUGUUUCCGGCCCUCUUGCGUCCCCAACCCCUCGUCCGACCCAAACAAGCAGGCAAGCAACAAGAGUCACCAAAGCCCGGCGAAGCCUCGGGAGAAAGCGACGAUCACAUUACCCAGAACGAAGGCUGCCGCUCAAUCUCGCCCUCUAGAGCGGCUUUUCUAAGGCCAUUGAAGCAGGCGAUUUCAUUUUCCCAUACUCGAGACAACCUCGAUCAUGGCGACGACGCCGUCUGCACCAAGAACAGCCAGGUCUUCGACGGCUUCUCUAUCUUCCGUCGCCCGCGCGCCCACGAAACCACCAAGGAGAUCGAGCUGAACCACAACACACACAAAGCGUGUCUUAGCGAUACCGAUACCAUACGAGAGCGAAUCACCAACCGCUUCGCCUUCUUCAACGUCGUAGCCGCAAUAAUUGGCCCAAACUACGUUCCCGCCCACAACGUUGAUUUCAAUCUGCAAACCCGCGUGGUUGGCCACUGCAUCAUUUUCUACGGUCUCGAGGCGGAGGCCGAGUCGAAUCUAUUGCAACAAGAGCGGCAAGAAUGCACUAUCAAGACUCGGCUAACCUCGGCGUCUCUCUGGGUUCAAGAAGUAGCUGCACCGAACAUCACUGACGAGAUCGGCCUCAACGUCACCCACAACCUCUACCGCCGCUUCCUCAACGCUGGCACAGCCCAUAUCGACAUCCUCAUGAAUAUCAACGGCACUGUUGACUGGCACGCUGUUCCUCUUGGCAUGGUUCACAAAUGGCUUGAUACCGGCGUCAUCCCAACCGCAUCUUCGUUAAGCACGGGGAUACAAAUGCUAACUCUUAAUCCCCAGUAUUCCAGUAUUGAAAAGCUCACGCCCUUGAUCUCCACCGCCUUGACGCACUACACAAACAAGGACACUACAAAUCCCAAGUGGUAUAAAGUCACCAAUACUAUCUCUACUCUCGCCUACGACCUCACCCAGGAGGAGGAGGAGAAGACUCUCGCCACCCUGACUUCAUCCACCGCCACCAGAGCAACAAAGCUGUCUACGCUCAUCAUAACUACGAAUACUAUGAUACCACCCACUGACUGCUACCUUGACCAUCCCGACCUUCUCCCAGCCGACCAUCGCCGUCGGGGCCGCCUACUCGAGAAGGCUGCCCAUCACAUCUUCUCUGACGCGUGCGCAUAG